CGCCGCGACGCCUCCCCCACUCUGCAGCCGACCUCUGGGGUUCCUACCCUUCCCCCCGCCCCCGCCCGGGAACCCGGCCUCCACGAUGAAGUCCACCUUCCUCCCCGCGGCAGAACAAGACCAUGCCUCAAGCUCCCUGCUAGGCGGAAGCAGAAGGGGACAGCAGACCCCCUAAGUGUACCCCUUCAGAGGGAUCUCGGUCGACUCCAGCUCAGAUGGGGGCGGGGGGUGUCUGCAGGAGAGCCAUCGUCUCUGCAUCUGGGGGCUGCCUCGCUGGCGGGUCCACCUGCCCCAAGCCACGAGCUGCAAGCUCGUCUCCUCCAUGACUCUACCACCCGGUUGGUUACCUCUUGGCGUCUUCGUCCUCCAGCAGUUCAGGCUCGGUCGCCGCCAUUACCACAUCGCACUCCGCGGUAGCCGCCAUCUUACCGCCGGGACCAGAGAGCCGGGUGGGAGGCAGACGGUGUAGAGCACUUCCGGUCGGAGCAUCGAGCCGCUCGGCGGCGCCGCGCCCAGAGGGACUCCCUCGAGCCCGUCUACCAACGAGAGGCUCCGCUUGGGGCCAGAGCGGCCUUCCAUCCCUGGAGGUCCACGGUGGUCUCCGCGCUGGGGCGGGGGCCCAGGGACGGUUCCUGUGCGUAGGGGGCGCCACUUUACCCGUGAAUAGGAGGAGGGUACAGAAGGAGGUUGCCUCUCUGGGCCUAAGCUUGCCUCAGUAUCCCUACAGCCCGGUUGCCAUAACAACUAGCAAUCCUAGAGAGCCUCCGGUAACGCUUGGGAGUCCCUGGUGGGUGGAGACGGGGUCCCCAAGACACUUGAGGAAGAAAAGCCCCCCCCAAGACUACCUUCCUGACUUUGCAGUGUGUCCACAGCUUCCUCCCUGGAAAGGCAUGAAGAGCUACUUUGAGCCCAAUCCCCAGCUUCAUCAGUUCCUGGAAGCCCUGCCCAACCAAGCGAGGGGAACGCAGGGCGUCUUCACCCUGCUCCUUUCAUCCUCCACGGAUCUCUAAGCACCAACUGGUUCAUCACCCCAAUGACGCGGACCCUUUUAUGAGGCUGCUUUCAUGUCAGCCGCUUGGGAGUGCCAUCUCAGCGUUAAGCCUAGAAAGGAUGACAUGGCGCGCCAGCCCCUGCCCCGGAGUUUAUAAGGCAGCUCAUGGGGUUGAAAGCUAAGCAUGGGGAAGAGCUGCAAGGUGGUCGUGUGCGGCCAGGCAUCUGUGGGCAAAACUUCAAUCCUUGAGCAGCUUCUGUACGGGAACCAUGUCGUGGGUUCUGAGAUGAUCGAGACCCAGGAGGACAUCUAUGUAGGCUCCAUCGAGACAGACCGAGGGGUGCGGGAGCAGGUGCGUUUCUAUGAUACACGGGGUCUCCGGGAUGGGGCCGAGCUGCCCAAGCACUGCUUCUCCUGCACCGAUGGCUACGUCCUGGUCUACAGCACAGACAGCCGAGAGUCGUUCCAGCGCGUCGAGCUGCUCAAGAAGGAGAUCGACAAGUCCAAGGACAAGAAGGAGGUCACCAUCGUGGUCCUUGGCAACAAGUGUGACCUGCAGGAGCAGCGUCGCGUAGACCCUGACGUGGCCCAGCACUGGGCCAAGUCCGAGAAGGUGAAGCUAUGGGAGGUGUCGGUGGCUGACCGACGCUCCCUCCUAGAGCCUUUCAUCUACCUGGCCAGCAAGAUGACCCAGCCGCAGAGCAAGUCUGCCUUCCCCCUCAGCCGCAAGAACAAGGGCAGCGGCUCCUUGGAUGGCUGAAUAGCUGCCCUUCUUGCUUCACCAUUCCAAGCCCAUUCCGGGAUGGGUGGCGAGCACAGGGUGCAUAAGCAAGCUGUUCUUCCCAGUCGGUAGGGGAGUGACCCUCUAGGACAGGAAGCUGGGCUGGCCCAGGCCAGUGCCACCUUUGUCCUCUCUUAACUCCAAGAAGUGCAAGUGAACUUGAUUGUUGGCCCUCCCUUGACCUUCCAUAAUAGUUCCCACCCCUCCCCCAGCUGACCAUAUUUUCUCCACUGUCACCUAGACACUUAUGGGUUAGUGUCCCUUCCAUCUGCCUGGUGCAGGAAGCAGGGCCGUCAUGCCAACGCGCCCAGUCCAGGAUCUGCCUCCUAUCAGGGAUCCCAACUCUGAAUUUCCUGCCACUAACAUACACACAGUACCAGCCUUAAAACAAAAGACUAGGUACUGUAAGCAUACAUUUGUGCGAGCUGGCUUAGGGUUGGUUCCUCAUCCUCCACCCUGACCUUUCCUCUGGCCUGUUCAAGGCCUGGUAAAGUCAGGCUCCUGGGAGUGGCAUUUCCUGUUUGACCUCUACCCAUCUCCCAGUUGUUUCACUUCCUCUUCCUGUUCCAGGAGCAGAGGUCUUAUUGGCUGAGGUAGAGUGGAGUGAUGACUGGGCUGUCACAUGCCCUGAGACUUAGCAAGACUCUUCUCCCCUGAGCGUCAGUCUUCUCGUAUGUGAGUUGACAGAAGCUUGGAUGUCACCUAGAGCCACGGGUAGCGCUGUGACUUUUCUAAAGCUGGUGGCUUGGGCCUCCUGUGUGUCUUCUGCCCCUGCUCCACCCUCUUUAAGGUGCUACACCUACCGGCCCUGGAGGCUGGACGGCCUCUCUUAACCACCAGGGGGCAGGGGUGCACUCUGCUCAGUGCUGCGAGCGAGCGGCUGUCUAUUAACCUGCCCAACAGGGUAGUGUCCAUCCCUCCUGGUUGGUUUUGGCUAGUAGCUGGACUUUAUAUUUAUACUCUCUCUGUAUUUAUGCACCUGCUGCUCUGGUGAAGGUGGGAUAAGCCGCGCCCCCAGCCCUUCUUUCUUACCUCAGAUGCCUGAAGAGAACCAGGCAGCCCAGUAGCAGCUUCCCAGGAGCUGACAAGCCUUCCAUCAGAGGCUUGUGCUAUCAAGUGAGCUUAUCACCCACAACCUGCGGUGCCCACUCCGUGCUUCUGAUGUGCACACCUCACACGGGUUAAACACUAUGGCCAGGCCACCUCCAAUACCCUCUCCUCCUCCUAGAACAGGCGAGGGGGGGCUGGUGCCCAGGCCUGGGCAAGGAGAGUCUGGGCACCUACAGGCUCAGGCUUGAAGUUCAUUUAUUGAUGUGUUGGACACAAUAAAACCACAACUGCUAUUAUCAAAAAGUU